UAAGCAAAACCUGUUGUCAGUUAGGGUAGAAGUGCACGCUGCUCCCUUCUUACAGGAAGGCUAGUUUUACUUUAGUAAGUCCUAGAAGCAGCCUCCUGAGCUCCUUCCCAGGCUGGUGGGGCAGUGGUGGUGCAGGGCAGGAUGCUGGGAAGGCUGCUGGAGCACAGCCCUGGGCUGUGGCAGCGGGUGGCUCGGCCUCUCCUGCACCCUGCCAGAGCUGCUGGCAGCAAAGCAAAGAACGCCCAGGACACGGCUUUGCAGACGGCUGAUCCAGGUAAAGAAGUUUUCAGGAAUGAAAGAAGGCCUACAAAUUUUGAUAAAAAGGUGCUAGUAUGGUCAGGACGCUUCAAAAAGGAGGAGGACAUUCCCAGGCACAUAUCGUCUGAGGUCCUCGACACUGCAAGGAACAUUGCCAGGAUAAAGGUUUGCUACAUCAUGAUUGCACUGACUGUGCUGGGCUGUGUGACCAUGAUCAUCACAGGCAAAGAAGCUGCCAAGAAGGAUCAGACACUGCUGAGGGUGAAUGCAGAAAAGAAGGCCAAAUGGAGGGCUGAAGUGGAGAAAGGUCAGGAGGCAGCUGUCGGGAAGUCACAAUGAUUUGGAACAGAUUUAUUUUAACAUAAGGAGAUAAGUGACUUGCACAUGUGGCCUAUGGACCUGACUUCGUUUAAUGCUUAAGAGCUUUUUCACUGAAACUCUCAGAGCAAAGACUCCACUGCUUAAAAACUGCUCCAUGCAAACUGGGAACCUCCUAUGGAAACUAACUGCUUUUUGUGGCUUCUGGUCUUUGGCACCAGGCCCAGCUCAUAUACAAAGAUCUCUUUUAAACUGCAAAAUGUGGAAAGAACAAAUGCAGGACUCCCCAGCUCAAGAUCAGCUUUUCAUGGUGCUGCUGGUGCUCAGGUCUCCUCCAAUCCAAUCACUGCUCCCAAUGAUUGCCAUGAAAGUUGUCUAGCACUUGCUUAGCAGUGAUUUUAGUCCAGAGUAAUUGUUAAUACAUGGUUUGCUAAAACUGAAUUCUUUUUAAUCAUCAUAGUUCAUUAACUCAUAAUAAAACAGCUGUCCAAUUACAUCUAAAACAAACAUA